UUUUUUCUUCACAAUCACAGUUCUCCACAAGAAUCAGACUCAAACAACAAUAACUUCACAACUUUUUUUUUUUGAAAUGGCUUUUCAAAAGGGUGUGAUCGCGUUUCUUCCACUCCUUCUUUCAUCACUGUUGCUGCAUCAUCUUUCUCCCACUUCUGUCAUAAGAGCUCAAAGUGAUAAUCACACACGUCGCCUACUUUCUCUAGAAGAUGAUGAAUAUGAUAUUGACGAAGCACAGUGUCCAGUAGAUACUCAAACUGAGAACGCAUUGCAGAAUUCCGAUGCAGAUAUACAAAUGACUCAAAGUGAUCCUCACACUUCUCUAUUAUUAUCACCAACUCAAACUCAGAAGAAUGUGCCAAACGAUUCCAACAACAUUGAAGUAAACAGUGAUUCUUACAUUCCUCCAUUUCCACCAACAAUUCAAAUUGAGAGCGAUGUGUCCAUCGAUUCCAAUCUUGAAGUCAAUACCAAUGUUGAAGUGCAAAAGGCUGAAGAAUAUGCAUCCAACAAUGAUAGAGUCCUCCAUGAUGAACUUUAAUAUAAAUAUUAGUGUUUUUAUCGGAAAUUUGACUGGUAGUAUCUCAAAUGGAUGAAAAAUCUUCAAUGGCCGGAUCUAUGAUAUAGAGUGAUGAUCUUCUGAGCUCGUUGAUAUGGAUGGAGGGAAAAUUACCUACAAAACUCUCUGGUUAAGUCAAUAAGAUUGGAUGGAUAAUAUUAUAAUAAUAAAAUAGCAUUUGAAUAAGAGGUAUCGAUUGAUUACUUCUUGUGAUAGAAUGAUGUAUUUAUAGACAUUUCAAAUCAAUCGGUAUGGAGAAUAUAUUUACUUGUUAUGUUAA